AUGGGUUUCCUCAAGGUCCUCACCACGUCUCUUGCGACUCUGGCAGUCGCAAAUGCUGGCAAGCUCAUUACUGCCAGUAACACCGAUGCGGUUGUUCCUAGCUCCUACAUUGUUGUUAUGAACGAUGGCGUCAGCACCGCGGAUUUCGACAAGCACCGUGACUGGGCUGCAGGUGUUCAUGCCCGUCUCUCCAAGGGCAAGAGAGGCGUCUCUGGACCCGGCAAGCAUUUCGACAUCAAUGGCCUGAAGGGAUACAGCGCUACCUUCGAUGAUGUUACCGUGAAAGACAUUGCCAAUGACCCGUCGGUCAAGUACAUUGAGCCUGACAUGGUUGUGAGCCUGAGCGCGAACGAGGUUCAGUCUAAUGUUCCUUCGUGGGGUCUCUCUCGCAUCUCAAGCAAGAAGACAGGCACUAAGGACUAUACCUAUGACUCCACUGCCGGCAAGGGCAUCGUGGUCUACAGCGUCGACACCGGUAUUGAUAUAUCCCAUACCGACUUCGGCGGCCGUGCUGAGUGGGGCUACAAUGCCGUUGAUGAUGAUGAUUCUGAUGGCAAUGGCCAUGGCACUCACACUUCGUCUACUGCGGUGGGCACUAAGUAUGGUGUUGCAAAGAAGGCAAAGAUCGUUGCUGUCAAGGUCCUUGAUAGCGCUGGUUCUGGAACCAACUCGCAAGUCAUCGAUGGCAUGGAAUGGGCUGUUAAGGAUGCCAAGUCCCGUGGCGUCACUGGAAAGUCUGUCAUGAACAUGUCUCUGGGUGGCGGCACUUCUCAGGCGAUGAACGAUGCCGCUGCCAAUGUUGUCAAGUCCGGUGUCUUCCUCGCUGUCGCUGCCGGAAAUGAAUCCGAGGAUGCGAAGAACAGCUCACCUGCUUCUGCUCCUGAGGUAUGCACUGUCGCCGCUUCUACCAGCUCAGAUGGCAGUGCUUCCUUCUCCAACUUCGGUUCCCUCGUCGACGUCUAUGCUCCUGGUGAGUCCAUCACUGCCGCAUACACCGGUGGUGGCAGCAAGACUCUGUCUGGAACCUCCAUGGCUGCCCCACACGUUGCCGGUGUUGCCGCUUACCUCAUGGCCUCCGAGGGUGUGACUGCUGAUAAGGCUUGCGCUCGUAUUGUUGAGCUUGCUAUCUCUUCUAUCUCCAGCGCUCCCUCUGGCACUACCAAGAAGCUCCUGUUCAACGGUAUCAGCGCCUAA